AUGGGUGACCAGGGCGAUCACGAGGGAAGCCCAAGAGGAGACAAACCCCCGGCUCCAAAGCCGAGUCGCCACGAGGUCUUCUACCAGGAGUGUGUAGAUGAUCUCUGGGGCAAGGAUGAAAAGCGUCUCGAGAACCGGGCAGCGGAGACCUUCAUGCGGGAGAGGCUCUUUGAGUCCUUGCAGCUGAUCCAGCACUGUGAUGAUCAUCUCACAGGAAAAGAGGCUGCAGGAGCAUUCCUGAAUGCAACGCGUUUGAACACCUUCAUCCCGAUUCUUGUGGUGGUUCUCCGCGCCUGGCGACUUUUUGGAUGCCAUGAAUGGCUGCAGAAGGCUCAGUGUGGCCGUGGAGUCAGAUGGGCUCUUGACACUGUGUUCCACUGCGUGGUGCUAUCAUGGUAUGGCUUCAUGGCAGGACUCUUCUCCACCAUGAGCCUGACACCCGGAAGUGGUGACAUCUUCCUUCAACAAAUGAACAUUGGUCCCACAGUCUACAUCUUCCUCCUUACAGCUCUGUCCCUGACUGUUCUGGAUCGCCUGCAGACGCUGGUGGCAUCCACGGUCUCCUUCGGCUUCUUUGCUGUGCCGCUUUUCGUAGCACUGAUACGGAUAUUGGAGGAGAAGGGCCAGGAUAGGGGAUACCUGCUGGUGCUGAUGGAGCAGCUGACAUUGCUCAUCGCCAUUGUGGCUCUGUGCCUGGCAAGGUGGGCUUCGUGGCGGGACCGGAUGGCCGACUUCAACACGCAGGAGAGGCUCAAGACGGGCAUCAUUGACGAGAAGGUGAAGCGCUGCCAAGCGGAAUUUACGGCUGAGCGCUUGACAGAGUCUAGCGUCCCCAAGGAGGAUGGCGAGGAGUCUUCCUACCUUUACGCGGCCUAUCCGGAAGUGCCGGCAGCACCGCACAGGGGAGCCGAGAGGAUCCCGCCCUCGGCCCUGAGCGCGCCCCCGAACAUGGACAGGCUGGGUUUGCUUCAGAGCGGGGCGCCUCGCUGUGACUGCCUGCCCAUGUCUGCGAAGGUGUAUGCGGAUGGCUCUUCUGGAGGAAAGCCUGCGUCAGAGCUGACAGCUGGAGAAAGGAUUCUCUGCUAUGACCACCUGGCUGGCAACAUCAAGUUUGUGGAAGUUGACGACUGCACGGUGGUCUCCGGACCAUGCAACUGGUCCCGCGUGGCCAUGUCGGAUGGUACGCAAAUGAGCGUGACUGCUGACCACCCUGUGCGGGUGGUUGGAGAGACUCAGUCGGAGGACAGCAAAGGUGCCUGGGGCCUUGGAGGCGGUCGGGUGGUGCCUGCCGGCGAGCUGAAGCCUGGCAACAUGCUCAAAAUCCUACGAUUGGGGGCGGUGCCGGUGCAAGCGAUGCAGAUAGAAGCUGAUGAUCAGCCACGAGUUCGAGUCAACGUGCACCAGAGUUGGCGCUACUCGCUGUUCUGCUCCCAGGGCGCAGGCCCCGAGAUGACCGCUGUAGCUGUGGAGUCCUCUGACGGCCUGGAUGGGCGACGAGAGGAGGUGCAGAAUACCUUCAUCGGCGGCGCAAUGCAGCCUCCGGAUGUUUUGGUCGUGCGGAAGCCGCACUCUGCUCCAGGAGGUGUGGCAGGAGCUCCUCACACCGAUGUAGAGAAGCCAGCGCUUCCUGUGCCGGAAGGGGAGGGCGUGGAGGAUGUGGAAACACAAGCUGGUGACGACUCUGCGAUUGGUGACGCGCGGGGGUCAAGCUCCAGCGAAGAUAGUCCUGACCUGCAGCAUGCCAAGGGCUGCUGCCAGCCCUGCCUGUUCCAGAGCAGGUACUUUUCGGAUCCAGAGAAAUAUCCAGCUUGUUCGAAGGCAGACUGUUUGGCCCGCAACUGUCACUUACCACACAGCGAGGAGUACAUCGCCAAGUACAAAGCCAUGAAGAGCAGCCUCCGGGUUGACGUGCAAGACCUUCAGGGCUAUUUGGAGCAGAUUGCGGUCCAGACUGCCGUGCAGGGCAUUCAAGACGUCAUCGUGGAUACUGGGGACCAAGCGAUCUCUGAAGCUCCAUCCACAGAAGGGGCACGGACGCCCAAACCAGACUGCUUCGGGCAGGCGACCUUAGGAGUUGGUCAGCUCUUUGAGGAGAAGCAUGCGGAGCGCUUCGAAAUCCAGCCAAAUGGGGUACCUGUGACCAAGAUGGCUCCCAAACGGCAUUCCAUGAUCUCCAGCAAGAGCACCAUCAGCUCUUACUCUUUGGGAGAGGAUGAGUGGGGUGAGACAUUUGUGUUGUCCGAGCAAGAGGCGACCGAUGUCUACGAUAGCCUCUAUCGCGACUUGGAGGUGCUGCGGCUCUGGCGCCUCAUUUGGGAUUUCCUUACGAUCGUUUUGGUGGGAAUUGAUGCAGUGAUGCUGCCUCUCCUCCUCGCAUGGCCAGCAGCUGACGGCAGCGGAUGGGAUGAUUAUUACAAGGCAACUCCAGUCUUUUGGGUGGCCGACAUUUGCAUGAUGUUCCUCCUGGCAGUCUUGGCUCCCAGAGAGGGCUCGCGAUGGGGCGCCAUCUUCCACUACGUCUGCACCUGGUUUCCCCUGGAUGCCCUCGUGGUCACCCUGGACCUCGUCCUCCUGGCAGAGCUUGUUGAAGGCGACUUCAGAGCGCUAACCAUGCUGCGGCUGUUGCGGACGGCAAAGUUCCGACAGGCCAUCACUGCUGUGGAGAGCCGACUUGCAGCAAGCGGGUUUCUACGUGCAGUGAAUUUGUCAACCAUCCUUCAGUGUGUGGUCUUCAUCUUCGGUGUGAACCAUGCCCUGGCAUGUAUGACAAUGUACAUCGGCCGUCUUGCCCAAGAAUCGGGGCAGAUGAACUGGCUCCACCAAUAUGGCAUGCAAGACCAGCCCGUUCCCUUACAAUACAUGAUCUCCUUCAACUGGGUCAUCGCGCAGUACACGCCUGCGCCAUACCCCUUCACUGCCCAGAAUGAAACCGAGCAGGCACUGAUGCUUGCGAUCAUCCUCACUUGUCUACCGAUGCUGGGAGCGCAAAUUGGAAUCAUCAGUGGCACACUGAACUUGAUGACAGAGAAAGCAAAGGAGCGGGAUCAUGUGAAGCGAGACCUUCAACGGUGGCUACGCAAGACCCACGUCAAAGGGCACUUGCAAAGGCGUGUUCUCACAGCCUUGGAUGAUGUCCUGGGAUCGCAAGAGUCUCCGUUGGAAGUGAAAGAGCCACUGGCUCUGGAUUUUUUGCCAAGCACCUUGAUCCAAGAGUUGCGCGUGGUAAAGACGGGCGAGACAUUGGCGGGUCAUCCAUUCUUCAGCUUGCUGAUGGAUGCUGCUUGGCUGUAG